GCUAUAAAAGCCGCUAGCCGCUUAAUCAUAAUUGUCAAUAAGCGUUUUAGUUUUUGAAAGCAAAUAUUAAAAAUUAAGUUAAGAAGAAAGUCUGCCAUAAUCUGCCAUAAGUGAAUAACUUAUUAAGUUUUUGAAGUAAAAGUGUUUUUUUAACCGAAUAUACGUGAAAAUUAUUACAGUUUAUAAGAAAAAAAAAAUAAAAUGCGUUACGUUACAAGUAUGGCGGAAAUUAUCGAUGGAAAAGCAGUUGCUGCCCAAAUUGGUGAAGAAAUACGCAGGGAUAUUGAAGCAUUCGUUAAGAAAGGCAAUCGCACGCCCCAUCUCACAGCCAUUCUGGUGGGCGAAGAUCCGGCAAGCCAAAUAUAUGUAAACAAUAAAAUGAAAACAGCUACCACGGUGGGCAUAACAAGCUGCACGAAGAGUUUACCGGCCGAUAUUAGCGAGAAAGAAUUGUUGGAUGUAAUUGAUGAAUUAAAUAAUGAUCCAAAUGUAGACGGCAUUUUAGUGCAGCUGCCAGUUCCUGAGCAUAUCGAUGAGCGUAAAGUAUGUAACGCUGUCGCUCGCGAAAAGGAUGUCGACGGUUUUAGUGUCUACAACGUAGGACGUAUGUGUCUUGAUAUGGAUUCAUUGAUUCCGGCCACGCCGCUUGGUGUCAUCGAAUUGAUGAGGCGCAAUAAUAUCGAAACAUUUGGCAAGAAUGCAGUUGUAAUAGGGCGUUCCAAAAACGUGGGUAUGCCUAUUGCAAUGCUAAUGCACGCGGAUGGACGCAAUGAAACAAAAGCUUUAGACGCCACUGUAACUAUUUGUCAUCGUUUUACGCCGCCUAAAGAGCUGGCCAAGUACUGCUCUAUGGCUGAUAUUAUAAUAACCGCUACGGGUGUACCCGGUCUUAUAACUAAGGAAAUGGUUAAACCUGGAGCCUGUGUCAUAGAUGUGGGAAUAACUCGUAUAACAGAUCCGAAUACGGGCAAAACUAAACUAGUGGGCGAUGUAGACUUUGAAGAGGUACGCCAAGUAGCCGGUUGGAUAACUCCCGUGCCGGGUGGCGUCGGCCCAAUGACUGUUGCUAUGUUGAUGCAUAAUACUUUCAAAGCUGCCAAAACUUUAGCUAAAUGUGAAUAAUCAUCAAUAUUCUAUAUUUUCAGAGUUUAAUGACUUCACUCUUUCAUAGUAUUUUUACAUGCAAUUAAUCCUCCUCAUAUUACUUAAUAGUUUAAAAUAUAAUAAUAACCAGUGUAAAGCUGAAGAAGAACAAGUUUUUAUUAACGUCG